AUGUCGUCGGAGGAAUUCGAGAAGUUGCACGAAAUCUAUAAAUCUCUGUACGAGGAGCUGAAGCUGAUGCCUGAGAGAGCUCUGAGAUGUCACGGAGAGGAGAGGAAGAGGCUGGUGAGGAGCUUUGAUGAGAGGCAGGGGGAGGCUGAGGAAGUGUUACAAGGAAUGGAGGAAGAGCUGCGUUCUGCUCCUUCCUCUUACCGAAAUACAAUGAGUACAAAGCUGCGUAUGUACCGCCGGGACAUGGGCAAGCUGCAGAGGGACGUGAAAAACUCUGCUCCUGCCUUUGGUUCCUCUUCCCACACAGUGGAAGGAAGUCAUCAGGGCAUCUAUUCAUCACAAAACCAACAAAGUACAAACCAGCAGUCCCAGAGAGCAUUGCUACUCCAGGGCACAGACUCUCUGAACAAUGCCACCAUGAGCAUUGAACGAAGUCAGCGCAUCGCCGCCGAGACGGACCAGAUCGGCACAGAUAUCAUUGAGGAGCUGGGAGAGCAGAGAGAACAGCUGGACCGCACCAGAAACAGAUUGGCGAAUACUGGAGAGAACCUCAGUCGAAGUAGAAAAAUUCUUCGUGCCAUGUCACGACGGCUGAUGACGAACAAGCUGCUAUUAGGUGUCAUCAUUUUAAUGGAGUUGGCCAUUCUAGGUGCCGUGGUUUAUCUGAAGUUCUUCCGAAAAUCUUCUUAAGUUCUGGAUCCAGGGCGAACCCAGACUCUCGACAUCUGUCUCCACUGACUAUCCAGUAGCAAUAAUGUUCCUCUGCUGUAUUCAGCCAACUGUUUCUGUGAGUAAAUAAGGACAAUGAGAUGGUUCGGUCUUAAAGUGAACCUUUACUGAGAGGGGAUUCUGUCCAUAGGCAAGUUCAUUGUUGUUGAACCUGUGAAUGGACCAAACUCACAGAAACUCAACGCACAAACUGUGACCUGACAUUUGCACUGUUUUAUCAAACUGUUAAAAUACCAUUGAUGCCCUGCAGGAUGAUUUUCUGGACUUGUGUGCUGGCUGCUACAGACCCCAGAGAUGAUUCUCUGUAAGGAUUUAUUCAAGAGUACGAUCAAUAUGUAUACAUCCUCCGGUGAAUGAACUUGUGAAAUGUUACUGACAGACUUUAUUAUUAAAACAAUCGUAUUGUGCCAUUAUAUGUAAAAUACUAAACAACAGUAUUUGACGAAAUGGCACCAGUUGAAUCUGUAUUUGUUGUGUCACCAUGCCCAGUAUCCAAAUGGUUGUAUUUAGCUAAUUUUUUCAAUUCUGAGACCUGAGGCCAAAUUUGUCAAUCAAGAGAUGUGAAUGGAAAAUUGGGUGGAAACUCUUAAUACAUGCAAUGUUCUUAACAGUUAAUAAUGUUUGAUGAUGAUGAUGAUGAUGUCUAAUCACUGUAUAAUACAAAAAUCACUGUUAGAAAUAAGCCUCAAUAUUCCUUAUUUGACAGUCACAUCAUUAAAGCUAAUCUUUAACCUCA